AUGUCAUCCAGGGGCUCCGCGGCCAAUCAGCUUCAGGGGUCGACCCCAUGGAUUCCCAGUGAGCUGCUGUCGUUUUGGAGGGUUGGCUUGGGACAGAAGCGGCCGUGUAGCCUGGGAGAAACAAGAUGGGGGUGAAGUUGGAGGUGUUUCGGAUGACACUCUACCUCACCUUCCCUGUGGCUAUGUUUUGGAUUGCCAAUCAGGCCGAGUGGUUUGAGGACUACGUCAUACAGCGGAAGAGGGAGCUGUGGCCACCUGAGGAGGACCAGCGCCAGCGGCUAGAAGAAUUCAAAGAGAGGCUACGGAAGCAGCGGGAGGAGAAGCUCCUUCGCGCUGCUCAGCAGAGCUCACGACCCUCGAGUGCCUGAGUACCACCCAUGAAACAACAUACGCUCAGUUCUUUGUUUCU